AAGAAUUUUUAUUUAAAUCAAUCAUCAUCAAUCAUCAUCAGAUUGAAUCUGAACUACGAUUCAUGAUAUUCAACACAAAGGUAUCAUAAAUCAUUCAUCGAUUGUCAAUUUUUAUUCGGCAACAAUUUCCAAAAUCAUCAUCAUCAUCAUCAUUUAUAUAAAAAUUUUGUAAUUUUAAAAUUAUGGGUACAACUGGACGAUUUGGUGGCGGUGGCCAUGGUUUGACUGGACCAAAACAUAUAUGGUAUGAUACAGAUUAUUCGGAAUUAUAUAAAGGAUUGGCGGUUGUUAUUGGUUUUUUCCUAUUUUUGGUUCUACUAUUAUUGGUAUUUAUAUUGAUAUCUUAUCUACGUAAAUGGUAUCGCCUUAAGAAACGUCCAACAAACGAACAAGUACAAUCAUCAGAAUCAAUGACAACAAAUAAUAAUAAUAAUAAUAAUAAUGUAGCCAUCACUCAACAACAUGGUCAUCAACCAUCAACACAUUCAUUAAAUCAUGUUAAUCAUCAUCAAUCAAUUAAUUUACAAUCAUUACCAUCAUCUGGCGGUAAACCAUCCUACACAACAACAACAACAACAAACACUGGUGGUGGUGGUCAAAAUCAAUUUAAUUAUAUUGUCGAUAAUAAAGAACAGACGGCAAAAUUUUGUAAAAAACAUAGCCGUGUUGGUUUAUCACAGAAUUCAUCAGCCAAUUCAUCACAGCCACCAACGCCAUUAUCAUCAAAAUUAUCAUCAUCAUCAUUGAUGACAAAAAAAUCAUCUACAUCAUUAAUAAAUAAUACAAAUCUAGUUACAAUAUCAUCGACAACGCCAUCAUUACCACCACCGCCACCACCAUCUACUACAUCAACACAAUUAUCGAUGACACCAUCGACAAAUAUUGAAUUUAUACAUGAUCCAAAUAUUGUGAUGACAGCAACAGGUGCCAUAGGAUCUAUGGCAACCAUUGGUGGUGGUAUAAAUCCAUCAUCAUCAAUUCAACAUCAACAUCAUCAUCAUCAUCAUCAUGGACAUUAUCAAGAAUUUCCACCACCACCGCAACAACAACAACAACCGAAUACAGCGAUUAUUUAUCAAACACAACAAGGGCAACAAUUACCAUCACAACCAUCACAUAUUGUAUCCGUUAUACAAACAAAUGAUCUAUUACAACAACAACAACAGCAGCAACAACAACAACGUAAAGAUAGCCAUUCAUCUGUACAUCAAGCUAUACAAUUAUCUUCUGGACAGAUAUUGGAUCAACGUCCAAUUGGUCGAUCGAGCUUGGCUACAAUUACAUUAAGUUAAGAUGUCUAAAGUGAACGAAUUCAUGAUAAAGAAAGUAUUCAUAAAAUGCCAAACAUAUAAACAAACAAACAAAAACAAAAAUAUUCUUAUUAUCAUUAAAAACAACCAUCGAUAUUAUCAUUAUCAUCAUCAUCAUCAUCAUCGCCAUAACAUCCGUUCCAUUACGAACAAUUUUCUUCUUUUUUUCCCAGCUUAUCAUUGUCUUAUUUUUUCUCUUUUAAACAAUCAUCAUCAU